GUGUUCUCGUCGCUUCUGCAGCGCAAUUGCACGACAAGAGAUGAGUUCCGUGGUUGAUAGCACGGAUUCUGGGGCGGGAAGGAGGUAGGUGGCUUCGGAUAUGUCAAGUGGAAGUAGCGGGUGGGCUCCGGUGACCGCAAAGAAAGACGGAAUGUGCUGUUGUAUGCCAUUUCGAUUGGACGCCGUCAGCUGCUUUGAACAGGGACUCUCGCACAUCAAAAUGCGGCCGCUCGGACAAGUUGGCACGGGAGUUGUAGCCAGAAAUGCGGAUAUGUCGGAUGUGGUACUGUUUUUCAAGGGUGCCCCAACGGCACAGGAUAUCUUCAAAAAUCCAUGCGGCUAGAGUUUGAGCAGUUUCGCGGCGAAGCAUACGCCAUUCGGGAUAGUGGGUCAACGAACAGCGUCCUUGAACGAUAUAUCGGAAGCCGCCGCUGGUCGGGAGAUGCAUGGUGUCCAUAUACAUCUUUGCGAAGAUUGGUGCCGGCGUCGAGACCGUC